UGCGUCCCGCCAUUGUGAGAAUUAUGUCCGAAAAUAAGGCCGCCGGAAAUGAGGCGGCCUUCCCCUUAGGCGGCGGCAUGCGUGGCCGCGGUCGCGGUCGCGGCCGCGGCAGAAGGGGGCGUGAGGUAGAAUGGGCCCCCGAAACCGAGAUUGCCACUUCCCAGACCCCUGUGGGGAUGUACCAAGUAGACAGCGUCUCGAGCAGCUCUUACGAGUCCUCCCACUCUCAGUGGCAGACCGCCUCCCAACCCCAUUCACCUCCGAUAAGCGGGUCCACCCAGGAGCUGGUUGGUUCCUUUAUUUCCACCAACCUCUCUCAGCUCGAUGAUGAUUCUGGCCAGAGGAAUGACCCCAUCUCAAAGUCUUCUUCCUGGGAAUUAAACGCCCACAGCCAGAGCGGUCAGAUCCCCAUACCUCCCUCGGACUACUCCAUUCUUAGCUCUGUCUCCCAGCACUUAUCUGUAAUAGAAUCCAUCCCGGAUUCAUCCCAUUCUUUGGGGCAAAGGUCCUCGGUGAUUUCUGGGCAAGUGUCUUCUAUGAUUUCUAGGCCUGGCACUUCCCUAGAGUCAGAACUAGGGUCUAUCCCUGCCUCAGUGAUCAGCACUCCCCGAGGGUCGGUAGAUGAGCCCACUUUACCCGCAGUGUCUAACUACCCCUGGGGAUUGCCACUAGAAUACCCUACAAAUAGUGACACGUCCUUGUCUUCGUUGGAACUACCUGAACCUCAAGAAAAUACCCCACGGGUGUCGAUAGAAGACUCCCCCAUGCACAAUCUGUCCGUUUCUGCUUGGUUAUCCACAUCGUCACCUUCUGCACCCUAUUUCCAUUCCGGGCUGGCGGUACACAGACCUCGGGUGCUCGAUAGCCCAGUACCUACGUCCCCAACACCCCCACGGUAUAACCCCCGAGGUUUGACUCAAGGACCUUCUUCCCAUGCCCCUCCAGUGCCUGUACAAGAGCCAUCCCUGCCCGGUGUGCAGUGCUCUCCCAGGGUAUCUCAACCAGGAUCAGCUCCGCCCCUGAGCGCUUCUCUUGCACAAGGGCCCGCUCCGCCCUCAGGGCUGGGCUCCCCCUGGGUAUGGGUAGAAAGUUCGGCUCCGCCCCCAGACACCAGGCAAGGGGAGGUACAAGGGUCUGUUCCACCCUGGGCGGUCUCCCCUUUUAAACCCAAGUCUCCGAAGAAUCUCAUCCAAACCAUGAUGAAUCUGGAGAAACCUAAUAUCACAGGCCACAUGUUCGACGUAGUCGUGAUUGGAGGCGGCAUCUCAGGGUUGGCUGCUGCCAAACUCUUAUCUGAAUAUAAAAUUAAUGUCUUGGUUUUGGAAGCCCGUGAUAGAGUUGGAGGAAGAACAUAUACUGUGAGGAAUGGGCAUGUUAAAUGGGUAGAUGUUGGUGGAGCCUAUGUGGGACCAACCCAGAACAGAAUCUUACGCUUGUCUAAAGAGCUAGGCAUAGAGACUUAUAAGGUGAAUGUCAAUGAGCGUCUAGUUCAAUAUGUCAAGGGGAAAACUUACCCAUUUCGUGGUGCAUUUCCACCUGUGUGGAAUCCCUUGGCAUAUUUGGAUUAUAACAACCUGUGGAGGACAAUGGAUGAAAUGGGAAAAGAGAUCCCCACUGAUGCACCAUGGCAAGCACAACAUGCUGAGGAAUGGGACAAGAUGACCAUGAAAGAGCUCAUUGACAAAAUCUGCUGGACAAAAACUGCUAGAGAUUUUGCUUCUCUUUUUGUGAACAUCAAUGUGACUUCUGAGCCUCAUGAGGUAUCUGCCCUGUGGUUCUUGUGGUACGUGAAGCAGUGUGGUGGCACCACUCGGAUAUUCUCAGUCACCAAUGGAGGCCAGGAACGGAAAUUUGUAGGUGGAGCUGGCCAAGUAAGUGAAAAGAUGAUGGACCUCCUUGGGGAUAAAGUGAAGCUGAGCUCUCCUGUUACUUAUAUUGACCAAACAGAUGACAACAUCAUUGUAGAGACACUGAAUCAUGAACACUAUGAGUGUAAAUAUGUAAUUAGUGCCAUCCCACCGAAUUUGACUGUCAAGAUCCACUUCAAACCAGAGCUUCCACCUGAGAGAAACCAGUUAAUUCAGCGUCUUCCAAUGGGGGCUGUCAUCAAGUGCAUGGUGUAUUACAAGGAAGCCUUCUGGAAGAAAAAGGACUAUUGUGGAUGCAUGAUCAUUGAAGAUGAGGAAGCACCAAUUUCAAUCACUCUGGAUGACACUAAACCUGAUGGGUCACUGCCUGCCAUCAUGGGCUUCAUACUUGCUCGGAAAGCUGAUCGACUUGCUAAGCUAACUAAAGAAAUAAGGAAGACGAAAAUCUGUGAGCUCUAUGCCAAAGUUCUGGGAUCUGAAGAAGCUUUACAUCCAGUCCAUUAUGAAGAGAAGAACUGGUGUGAGGAACAGUACUCCGGGGGCUGCUACACAGCCUACUUCCCUCCCGGUAUCAUGACCCAGUAUGGAAGGGUGAUUCGCCAGCCAGUAGGCAGGAUUUACUUUGCAGGCACAGAGACAGCAACACAGUGGAGUGGCUACAUGGAAGGAGCAGUCCAAGCUGGAGAACGAGCAGCUAGAGAGGUCUUGAAUGCUCUAGGAAAGGUUGCCAAGAAAGACAUAUGGGUUCAAGAGCCUGACUCCAAGGAUGUUCCAGCAUUUGAAAUUACCCACACCUUCUUGGAGAGGAACCUGCCUUCCGUGCCUGGUCUACUAAAGAUCACCGGUUUUUCCACCUCUGUGGCUCUUCUCUGUUUUGUAUUGUGCAAGUUUAAACUGCUGCCACAGUCCUGAACUUUUUCACCCUUGGACCUCCUGCUUGAUCAUCCUUAGCACAAUCACCAUUAAAAGAAAAUGUGGAUGAAUUACAGCCCGUGCCAUUGGGCCAUUUAAGUGCACUUGAUUUAACCCUCCUCAGUUUAAUCUUAGUCUUUGUAAAGUGAUAACAAUCCCAAGAAUCACUUAGCUAAUUAUAGUAAGACCAAGUUUCAUCCUGUUUAUUAGACUAAUUCAUUUUGUUUGAUAAAAUGUAAUCCUAUGAAUGUUUAAUUUCAAAAAGGGGAAAUACUUGUGAGGAAUAAUUUCUGGGUUAUUUUUCUUGCCUUUAAUGCAAAAUAGUUGAUGGUUUCAGAAAUAAAACACUUGACUUACUGUAACUUUUGCAUAGCUACUCAGAUGUGCAGAGUAAAGUGGUGGCUGAAAUGUUCCUUAGGUGUCCUCACUGAGUAGUUCCAUGUGAGACAAACUACAAUAGGCACUUCCUUUUCUGGACUGUAUCUAAACACAAAUUAGCCCUUGUCAAUAACAUUUUGUGCUGAUUUAAGCAAAGUAGCACUUUUCCCUGUGGUCCCUGGCUGUCUGAUCAUAGAAUUAGAUCUCUAAGCCUACCUGUGUCUUCAAUAUGGUUAAAUAUUAGCAUGCCAUUUUCUCUCAAGUACCAAAGGACACAGGAAAUUUUCUCUAUGUCAUUUAUUGAGACAGUCAAAUACAGAAAUGAAAUUAGGGCUCAAUCUGAUAACAUUACUUGUUUUAAUUAUUAGGUUUUAUAACAGACAUUAAACUGAAUGAUUUUAUAUAUCCAGACUGAGUUCUCGAUCUUACAAGUAUUGUGGGCCUGGAAUGGUGCCUAUCUCUUCUCUUUCCCAUUUGAAAAACUGUCAAUUAAAAAAAAACUUUCCAAAGGUUUCAACCACAAAACACUUCCUUUUUUAAAAAAAUAUAUUUUUUAUUUAAGAAGAAUUAAAAUAUUGCCAGCACAUGCCAGCCAACCCAAGUUUAUUGCACUAGCUUUAUGCUAAAUGCAAACUUAAGCCUCUGGGUGCUGAUGUGAGGGCUUGAGGUCUUUAAAGUUUUGUCCAUUCUAAGAGCAGAGAUCUAGAUUUUCUGUCCUGUUUUAUCUUACAAUUCAAAAGCAUUUUAACAAACUUAAAAUAUUCAGUGAUAUCUUAGAUACUCUCCAGUACAGAAGAAGUUGCCUGGAUUCAUAUCGAACUGCAGUGAAAAUUCUCAUCACUAAUCUGUUAGAGUUGUGUGUAUUAACUUAAUGAUUAACUCAGACCUGACACACCUUGAGAAAUGAUUUAAAUAGCUGAACUGGCAAGGGUUCUAAUAGUAUUCCGAUUGUUAGCAUUGAACUAUUGAAUAUUGAAAAUCUGAGUUUGCAGUUUACCCUCUUCUGCCUCUUAAAAAUCCAAUUAAUCCAUCUUAAUGAUAUCCAUCCUAUUAAGCGAUGGCUUGGGUAUUAAAAUGAUUUCUAGUAUAUAUGUGCUUAGACAUGUAAAUGGGAGUUGAAAAACACCCUAUGUGAGGUUGUCUACCACAAAGAUAACAUAGGUCUUUUCUCUAAAACAGAGGAAAAAAAGUCAUUUUAAGAGGUUGAUAAUCCCCUUCACAGUUCUGCAGCCAGUUGGCCUUUCUCCAUAGUUAGGAUGAGAAUUAGAUUUAAGAAGUACACGUUUUUGUCACAGCUGUUAAAUAUGGUCUUGUAUUAUGAUGAAAAAAUUAAACUUUACUGAAGGACUGUGAACUACAUUUUGUUUGAUGGUUGUGAACUUGGUGCCUAAUGUUCCAUGUCCAAAGUUGACCCCAGUGCUACAUGUGGGUGUAUGUACUUGUAUAUGAUUUGCCACUGAAGUAAGAUUCUGUCUGUAUGGUACUGGGUUUUGUUGUUGUCAAUAAAAAUGUGAUGCCAACCUUCCUUCA